UUAAAAAUCCCAACAGGACACCAGGGGCUUGUUCCUGAGUAAAUGCGUGGACUUCUCAUUCAGAGAUAGCUGAAGUCACUGAGUUGCUUUAUCGGUCAUGAGCUGGUCACAAGCAACAGGGUUCCAGCGAAGAGGAAGGACAAUGACCCCGAACACACCUCCAGGCUGUGUAAGGGCUAUUUGACCAAGAAGGAGAGUGAUGGAGUGCUGCAUUGGAUAACCUGGCCUGUACAAUCACCUGACUAAAACCCAACUGAGAUGGUUUGGGAUGAGUUGGACCGCAGAGUGAAGGCAAAACAGUCAACAAGUGCUCAGCACCUCUGGGAACUCCUUCAAGACCAUUCCAGCAGCUGAAUGCACUCAUUACGUUCUUUCUACAAUGGAAGUGAACAACACUGUUGCAGAAAUUCCAUGAAAAAGACCGACUCGCUGGGACUCCUGCCGCGCAAACAUGAAGAUGCUCUGGUUGAGUCUUCUGACUCUUCUGAUGCCCGAGCAGACUCUGGUGACUGGCUUGCCAACUGGCUUGCUUCUCCGAGCCAAAGACCUGCCAACGCAACCUGAUACCGGACCAUCUGAAGCAGACCAGGAUUUUGCAAAGGAAUAUCUACAGCACUUCUAUGGCUACCAGCCCAGGUCAGAGAGACAGAAGAGGACUGCAGACACAGAUGAAGUUGCUGAUUGGGACACUGGACUCUGUGAUAAGCUUCAGCGCAUGCAGCACUUCUUUGGUUUACCUCAAAGUGGAAAGCUGACCAAAGAGACUCUGGCAGUUAUGAAGAGGCCGCGCUGUGGUCUGUCAGAUGUGGAACCAUUUGGAGACACAAUUCGCUGGACGAAGAAGACUCUCAGCUACAGGAUCACUGGCUCCAAUCUCCCCAUCUCAGACUCGAAGGUUCACAAAAUCUUCAGGAACGCAUGGAAACUCUGGUCCAGUGUUGCUCCGAUUAAAUUUCGCAAGCGCAGCAGGAAAGAGGCUGACAUUACCAUCGCUUUCCACCAUGGCAACCAUAAGGAUGGUGCGCCUUUUGAUGGCAAAGGAGGAAUCCUGGCUCAUGCCUUUCUGCCUGGGUCUGGCAUUGGUGGAGACGUGCACUUUGAUGCUGAUGAAGACUGGAGCUUUAAUUCUACUGGUUUCAGCCUGUUUGCUGUGGCAGCCCAUGAAUUUGGCCAUGCACUUGGCCUGCCCCACUCAUCUGACCCCGGAGCCAUCAUGUACCCAUCAUACAGCUUUGUCCCCAGUUAUGAGCUGCAGCUGUCCUUCCGUGAUGUCAAAGACAUCCAACACCUGUAUGGUGUCAGCUCCAAUUUUGCUUCACUACUCUCGAAAAAGCCUCCUCCAAGAACACCGGACAAAUGUGAUCCAGACUUGUCCUUUGAUGCUGUAACAGAAUUACAACAGGAAGUCCUGUUUUUCAAAGAUAGAUUCAUGUGGCGCAAACAUCCUCAGUUUGACGAAACAGGAAUCACUCUGAUUAGCAGUCUGUGGCCAGACACUGUACCUGCCUUUUUGGAUGCUGUCUAUGAAAAUGUGGAAAGGAAUGUAGUUGUGUUUUUCAAAGGUCAUCAGUACUGGAUGCUGAGGCAGCUAGAACUCCAGGAAGGUUUUCCUAGAAAUAUCUCAGACUUGGGCUUCCCCUCCAGAAUAAAAUCUGUAGAUGCUGCUCUUCAUUUCAGAAGUACCCGCUACACUGUGUUCUUCACUGGCCAUGAAUGUUGGAAGUAUAAUGAGCCGGAGAAAAAGAUGGAGGGGUCACCGACACUCAUUGAGGAGCUGUGGCCGGGGAUUCCAUCUCCCAUAGAUGCAGCUGUCUUCUAUGAGGGGUUUGUGCACUUCUUCAAGGGAAAUAUCCACUUCAAAUAUGACACCAACUCCAAACGUGUCGUCUCCACCAGCCCCGCUAAUGACCUGCUGGAAUGCAAGAAGCACCUCAAUGAAAUACCGACAGAUAGGAGAUAAAUGAAGGAAGGCACCCUGUGUACUGUAGCUUGAUGGUGAUGGUGUUGUGUAUCUGCUGUGUGUGCAUACAGUACCUACAGUGUUACAAAACUUUGUUUUCAGAAAUUAUCACAAUGUACCUAAUACCAAAAUGGGAACUGAUGAAUAAUGUAGGGAAGUGUUACCUCAGAGUGUAAUACAGUGUUGUAAUAAUGGCAUUUGUACCUUGUAUCAAAGUACAGCUUUUUUUGAUGUUGAUGUAACAAAUGUGUUUUUAAAUAUAAGUUUUGGUUUUUUUUUGGUAACUCAAAUUUUGCUGCUAGAUAUUAUUUUUAAAGUUGCUCUAUAAAUUGCAAAAUGUAUUUUAUGGUUCUGUUUUUGCAUCACUGUGACCCUGUGAUUUAUUGUUCACCAAUUAUGAGGACAAAAUUGUUAAGGUUUAUAUUUUUCAUCAUUAAAAAAUUCAACUGUUGCUUUUUCAAUUACAACAUAUUCAUUCUGUCUGCAUUUCCAGGUGUUGCUUAAUUUACCUGAGACAAUACAUUGCACAACAAAAUCAUUUCUGUUCC